AUGCUUCCCCAGGAGGAUUUUUUGUCCUCCAUGGUUAUGGGCCAGCAACAGUUUAUACAGCAGCUCACCGGCGGCAGCUUCCACGCAGAGUUCCAAUGGCUUGAUGGACAUGGAUACUAUGCGCCCCAGUCGCAGGCGGGCACACCCUUCUUCGAAGCACCCGGGCCUAACCUGGGGUCUCUGCUGCUCGACGUGCUGUCGGGCCAGCAGCAGGCCACGCCAUCCAUCUCCGAGGCCCCAACGCCAUAUAUCCUCCCACUCUUGGAGUCGUCGCCCGUCGUCGGUGCUCCCUUGGCUCAUCCGCCGGCUCAGCCACUGCCAACUGCGGAUGAGGUGCCGUCCUCAAGCCUAAACCACCCAUCUGCAAUCUCCAAGGAGUGCGGGAUCUGUCGCCAGGUCCUGGGGAACUCCAGCGACCUCAUAGACCAUCUCGAGGCUGCCCACGAGCCGCGGCGGCACUGGUGUGGACUCGCCAAGUGCCCCGACUUCAAGGAUCGCCGGUCCGUCCUGCGCCAUCUCAACACCUCCACCAAGCACCUCAGCCGCCAGUUCCAGUGCCGCUGCGGCAAGCAGCUGGGGCGCAAGGACAGCUUCAGGCAGCACCUCAGAAAGUGCCGCGCCAGAGACAUUGACGUCACGCGCGGUCCAUGUGGCGCGGCCACGGAUAGCUCUGCUCGCGCAGAGGUCAUGGACUUUCCGUAUGUCUGCCCUUGCGGGCACUCCGUAUUUGCCGCGUCAGGCUCUGUGGGUUCUGACCUUGUCGGGGCAAGAGAUGUCUCUCGAGAGGAGUUCGAAGCACAUUUUGAGGCCUGUACUUUCGUCAAGGCCGUGAGAGCGAGAGGGAGGCCGAGAAAGCUAUGA